AUGGCUUGUACACCCUGCCUUGGUCGAAGCAGCAGCGGAGGCAGCGACGGGACCAAGAGGCGGCGGCGCCCGCGCCCCUUCGCGCGGCACCUGGGCAUCUCGCUCGCGACUUGCGCCAUAUUCCUCGCAUCUUUCAUACUCUUCCUCCUUGUCGGGCUCUCCGUCACGAUCAUCAAGUCCAUCUACAUCUUCCAGAUCCAGUUCGCGACGAACCCGGACCAGCCCGUCACCUCAAUCGCGACCGACCUGCAGUUCGGCGUCUGGGGUGUAUGCGCAUAUAGCCAGCUCGGUAACGCAGAGUGCAUCGGUCCCAGCUUAGGCUAUACCAUCCCGAACGCGAUCGCCAACCUGACGGGGUUUCCCGCUAUCGUGGACGACGUCGCGAGCGCGCUCACUGUGCUCCUCAUUCUGCACAUUGUUGCCGCGGGGCUCGCGUUCAUUGUGGAGGUCACGUCGCUCUUCCUCGAGUCCCACGCGAUGUGCAUCAUCUCGCUCGUUACCUCCAUCCUCACGGUACUCAUCGGGGCGGCCGUGUUCGGGAUUGAUCUCGCCCUUAUUCUUGUCGGGAAGAGCAAGAUUGGGCCGCUGACCGAGUUCAACUACACGCUCAACUGGGGGCCGGGGCUGUGGAUGGUACUCGCGGGGGUUGUCCUCAGUUUCGUGGGAAUGAUUCUCAUGUCAGUCGUGUGGGGAGGAGGAAACACCACCAUCGAAACCACGUUCAGGAGGCGAAGUGCUGAGAAGUCAAUUUCAAUGUCCAUCAUUUACGACCUGUCAUGA